AUGUCUACGUUAUUUCUUGUUGGUAAUGUGGACCGAGUUAGGGUUAAAGAGCUAUUUGUGCGAUAUAGGGAUGUUUUCGAUCGGACUGUGGAGGUAGAGGAUGUGAGGUCACUGUUUGAUCGGUUGUAUUCGGACCGGUUGGCUGCGUGUGCUUUGGAAGCUUCUGAAGCAGCUGAGGACCGUUGGAAUUAUGAAGAGGGAGUUUCUUUGGUGGUACUGGAGUCUAGAGCCGAAGUGGAGCCACAGGUUUUGGAUGAGAUGUUUAGGAACUUUUUGCCGGUGUUUAACUUGGUGAGUGUGUGUCAGGAUGUCGAUUUGAAGCACUUGCAGAAGAUACUGGAGAGAUUGCCUUCGGAACAGGUGGAAUGUUGUGAUAGAAUUAGAAGAAUGGCUCAUUGGAUGUAUUAUUGUCCUUCGAAGGGUUGUUCUUCGCGGAUUUACUCUAUGGUGGAACAAUUGCAAAGGGUACGGAGGAAAGGACGACGCUCUAUACCUGGGUUGAUAAAGAAUAUCGAUUUUAACAAAUUGAUGGUUAUUCCUUCAGAACUCAAUCGUGAAAAUUACUGGCGAUUGCUGUGUACGUGGGCGUUUCAACCGCAUACAUUGACCACUAGAGAACUUCUAUAUUGUGCAUUCAUUUUGUUGCAGAAAUUAUCAGCCGAUGCAGGGUUGGUUAUACCAGAUAAUCAGCUUCUAUUACUGUUAUUCACUUUGGAAGCUUCGUAUCACCAGGUGAACAAGUUCCACAAUUUUAAACAUGCGGUAGAUGUCAUGCAAGCCACAUGGCAGCUAUGUGAACAUAUAGUUGAUGAUCCUAUGCAAACUUUACUCCUGUCAAUGGCCGCGAUUGGCCACGAUAUUGGCCAUCCAGGUUCAAACAAUAUGUUGUUGUCCAAGUUUGGUGCGCCAGUGGCUAGGAUUUACAACGAAGAGUCAGUUCUCGAGAACAUACACAAGGACUUCUUUCAAGAACUACUCAGUACCCAUUGGCAGGAACUACUCACGAUUUCGUCGUCUUCAAAGGCGCACCCAAAUUACGAUGUUAUUUCAGAGACUAUUCUAGCGACUGAUAUGGCUUUGCAUGCUGACUACGUGGAAAAAUUGAAAAUAAUUCCAAAGAUUGCCGAUACGAAUACUUUAACAUCAUUGAUCAUAAAAGCCGCUGAUAUCUCAAAUGUGACGAGACCUUUAGAGAUAUCUGCGCAGUGGUCCUGUCUUAUCACACUCGAAUUUAAUGACUGCACUCUAUUACAACAGCAUGAAGAGAACGUGGUCAGCCGUGAGUGUAAUGAUGAUGAUGAAUCAAUACAUUCGGAUGAUGAAAUUUACAGAUGUAUUUCCAACGUCAGAUUAUUAUCACCAGACGAUUUAGUGGCUAAAUAUCCAUGCAUACCAAGAGGUCAAAUCUUUUUCAUUGACACUUUUGCCGAACAAUUCUUCCAAGAGCUUUGCGAAAAGAUACCACACUUGGAAUUUCUGAUAGAAAACAUCCGAACCAACAAAAAAUUUUGGUUAGAAAAAUUACGAACUUCUCCGAGUAAACAUAAUUAA